AUGACAACAUCAAACAUCAGAGUAAAAUGUUCCAUUUGUAAUAAAGCAAACGCAGCAUGUCUUUGCUCAGGAUGUUCGAAAGAUUUUUGUUUACAACAUUUAACAGACCAUCGACAAGUUCUUCGUAACCAAUUAGAAGAAACUAUCAAUGAGUAUGAUCAGUGUCAACAAAACAUUAUUCAACAAAAACCAAAUCCACGAAAUUCUCCUUUAAUUCUACAAAUAAAUCAAUGGGAAACAAAUUCAAUUCUUCAAAUUCAAGAAACAGCGCACGAAUGUCGAGAAAUAGUGAUAAAGUUAACACAAAAGUCGACGGAUGAUAAUGAAAAAAGUUUUAUUGAGUUAUCUAAAAAAUUAAAAGAAAUUCAUGAAGAGAAUGAAUUUAAUGAAAUUGAUUUAAAUCAUUUUCAAUUAAAAUUAACACAAAUUAUACAAGAAUUCAUUAAACCAUCAAAUAUUUCUAUUCGACAAGAUUCACAAGAAUUUAUCAACAAAAUUUCAGUUAUUUCAUCAUCUAUUUCUUCUCCAAAAAAUAUAACAUCAUUACCAAAUCAACCAAUAAAUGCUUCGACGUCAAACCAAGCUAUACCAUCAACACUUUUUGGAAACUCUUCUAUACUAGGUCAAUCAGCUUCAUCUGAACUAGCAUCAAUAGCUUUAACUCAAUUAUCGUUAGCUGCUACAUCACCUUCUUCAACAAUUACAACAUCAGUUCAAUCAACUUCACCAACAACAAAGUCUGUUGUACCCUCUAGUCCAGGUGCAUUCGAUUCUAAGCUAGCAUUCGGUAGUACUUCACUUAAUUUGACAUCGACUUCAUCCAGUAUUCCAUUUGGUAGCGCUGCUGCAACAACAACUACAACAACAACAACAGCUGCUUCUAGUCCAUUUGGUAGUGCAUUUGGCUUUGGUUUUUCAAUUACAACAACUUCAGCUUCAAGUCCUGGUCUAUUUGGUACUACAACCUCAACAACUUCAAGUCCAUUCGGUAGUUUAGCACCUUCAGCUUCAAGUCCAUUCGGUGGUGCAUCCGCAACCACUACAACUUCAGCUCCUGCGACGGGCAUAUUUGGUUCGUCAACCACUUCAACCUCGCGUAUUUUCGGUGGUGCAUCCACAGCUGCCGCAAGUUCAGCUCCUACUACUAGCAUAUUUGGCGGUGCAACAACAUCAGCUGCUAGUCCCUUUGGUACUGCUGGAUCAACUACAGCUACCAGUCCAUUUGGUGGUACUCCAACAACUUCAAGUUCUAGUGCUGGUGGAUUUGGUGCUAGUCCUUCAGUAGCAUCUCCAUUCGGUUCUGGCUUUGGCACAGCACCAUCAACUUCUACUGCUGGUCCAUUUGGUAGUUCAUUCGGUGCUACAUCUUCAGCACCUACUGGUCCAGUAUUUGGUGGAUUUGGUUCUACUUCAACAACACCAAGAUCAAAAUCGAGCACUAGGGCACCUGCUAGCGGUAUUUUUGGAUCAAGUAACACUGCACCACCAUCAACUGGUAGUUCAGGAUUUGCUGCUGGUCCAAAAUUUGGUAGCAGUUUUUCUAGCUUCAAUACACAAUCAAAAUCUACUGGAUCAUCGACUGGCUUUCAGUUUGGUGGAUUUGGUGGUUCUCAAUCUUCAAACACAACGGCACCGCAACAAACCUUUGGUUCUUUCGGAUCAACAUCGGCUGCAUCACAACCUUCAACUAUAUUUGGUGGUUCAGUAUUUGGAGGAGCAUCUACACAAAAAACUAGUUUUAGUGCAGCAGCCACACCGUUUGGUACUCCGCGAACACAAUCAGCAACUUCACCUUCAUUUACAAAUUAUCAUAAAUAA